AUGGAAAUCGCUAUAAGGGCCGAAAAGCAGUUUAGGGCAAAGGUUGCAGAAGUCCCAAUCAUAUUUAUAGAGCGCAUUUAUGGCGAAUCAAAACUUUGGUCUAUUGAGACUUUUUUGGGAAUUUUAAAGAUUGUACAAUAG